AUGUCGGGAUCGGGCGACCCAGCCGGCGGCGGUGGCGACUUCUUGCGUGCGGCAUAUUCCCGCUUGCGCGGCGCCGUCGACGCCUGGGAUGGCGACUGCACCCUCCCUCCGCCUCGCGCCCUCGAGGCCGCAACACUGGCACUGCCCCGCCCCGGGUCGCCCUCGUACCUGGUCGGCAUGGGCGCCGAGGCCACGAUUGGGCACCUCCACGGCGAGCUGCUGCCUGCCCUGACGGGCCAGAACCUGAGCGGGCGCUACUACGGCUUUGUCACGGGGUCCACGCUGCCCGUGGCCGAGGCGGCCGACAACAUGGUCACUGCCAUGGACCAGAACGUCCAGGUCCACCUUCCCGCCCAAACAGUCUGCACCGAUGUCGAAGACACGGCCCUGGCCAUGUUGACGUCGUUGCUCCGUUUGGACCCCAAGGCAUGGCCAGGCCGCACCUUUAGCACAGGUGCCACUGCUAGCAACAUACUCGGCUUGGCUUGCGGCAGGGAGGCCAUCAUCGCCCGGCGUCUGGCAGCAGCAGCAGCAGGAGAAGCCUCGCUUGGUUCGGGGGAAGACACGAGCCCCGACGCCGUCGGCAAGCUCGGCCUCCUGCGCGCUUGCGUCAAAGCUGGCAUCAAGGAAAUCCAGGUACUCACCUGCGCCGGCCACAGCUCGCUAUCUAAAGCUGCUUCCAUCGUUGGACUGGGCCGGGACUCGGUCAAGGAGCUGCCACUGAGCGCCGAGGAGCCCUACCGGCUGGACAUAGCAGCCGUCGAGAGGGAGGCCGCUAGAGAGGGCGUCGCCACCAUCAUCUCCGUCAGUGCCGGUGAGGUGAACACGGGCAGGUUUGCUGUGGUGGGCAGGCAAGACAUGGAGCAGCUCAGAGCCAUAGCGGAUCGGCAGAAGGCCUGGAUCCACGUGGACGGGGCUUUUGGCAUAUUUGCGAGAGCUCUUCCGAAAACCAGCGAGUUCGCCCGUCUCCAUGAUGCCGUCUCGGGGCUUGAUCUUGCCGACAGCAUCACGGGCGACGGCCACAAGAUUCUCAACGUGCCGUACGACAACGGCUUCUUCUUCGCGCGCGACGCCACGGUGCAGUCGCAGGUCUUCAAGAACACCAACGCGGCCUACCUGGCGCCCUCUGGCUCGGGCGGGGCCCCGAUACAGAGCCCCCUGAAUAUCGGCAUGGAGAACUCGCGCCGGUUCCGCGCGCUGCCCGUCUACGCCGUCCUGGUCAGUGAGGGGCGGGAGGGCAUGGAGCGGAUGCUGGCGCGCAUGGUCAGGAUGGCGCGCAGGGUGGCCGCCUACGUGCGCGCGUCGCCCCACUACGAGCUGCUGCCUGACGACGGCGGCGAACCCGACGAGGCGACGCACAUCGUCGUGCUCUUCAAGGCCAAGGACGAGGCGGUCAACAGGCAGCUAGCGCACAGGAUCAACGAAACGAGGAAGAUGUACGUGUCCCCCACCGUGUGGAGGGGCAUGACGUGCACGCGCCUCGCCGUCAGCAGCUGGAAGGUCGACGUCGACAAGGACAUGGUCGUGGUUGAGGAGGUUCUAGGCUCCAUUGCCCAGGGGCAGUAG